AUGGUUUUCGGCAGCUGUGUCUCUUCUGGGAAAGUGGAGGGACGUGGUGUUGAGAGGUCCCUUGGUUCAUGGGAAAGAAAGGCAGUUGGUGGUGAGGCCGCAACAACUGGUGGUGAGGCUGCAACAACUGGUGGUGAGGCAGCAACAAUUGGUGGUGAGGCAGCAGCAAUUGGUGGUGACCCAGCAAUGGGUGGUGGUGACCCAGCAAUGGGUGGUGGUGACGCAGCAAUGGGUGGUGGUGACGCAGCAAUGGGUGGUGCUGACGCAGCAAUGGGUGGUGCUGACGCAGCAAUGGGUGGUGCUGACGCAGCAAUUGGUGGCAGUGACGCAGCAAUGGGUGGUGGUGUCGCAGCAAUGGCUGGCGGUGAUCUUUGUUUCUCUCUUUUCCUUCCGAACCUCUCCCUCUCCCUCCGUUCCUACUUUCUCGGUUUCUUUUUAUGCCUCGACUUUCCUUCUUCUUCUCACCGUUUCCUUCUGAUUUCCAUCUCUCCCCUCCCUGUUAUCCCCUCUCCUUCCAGCCAUCCACAGGGCAGCAGGCCCAGCUCUCAAGAAGCUCCGUUUCAACCUGUCUUCUCAUCCCCCUGCCCCGCCUCUACUUCUUCUCUCCAACCCUCUCCCGCUGGUCCCACCCUCGUCCUCCUUCCAGCCAUCCACAAGGCUGCAGGCCCUGCCCUCAAGAAGCUUUGGUUUGAUCUGCCGAUGCUGAGGAAUGGCAUUCGCUGCGAAACAGGAGACGCUGUGGCCACAGGUGCUGCCAACCUGCCAGUGCGCUGUGUGAUCCAUGCGGUGGGGCCUACGUAUCAUUCAGAUCUUGUGUCAGCGCCCCUGCUGAGGAGCGCCUACAGGUGA